AUGUCGUCAUACUACCUAGCUAUCCUCCAGAACUUUACAUGUCCGCUGCAACCUCGAUUCCACAUCUUGCGAGGCACCUUUUCAAGCAUUACCAACCCAUUCCAACAGAUCUCCGAUAGGCCACAUACGGAUACUCAAAAUAUCGACACACGAACAAGUACAACUCGAGCGUCCUCACUCUCGCUAAUGCAUUCCGCAGCGGAGCAAGCUUCGGAGGACCCUUCCCCGCACCCGCACCAGAGCACCAGCACUACCCUUCCGACACCGUCAACGGCUCAUCAGAGGUCAGAAUCAGACGUAUAUGAAAGACUGAGGACAUAUCCUUUCGUCACAGACCGGGAGUUCGCAACGGGUCUGGCAAUCAUUCUAGGUCACCCUGAAACGCCUGCCUCAGAGGAAGAGAUAUCCCAGGACGAUGAUCUCGUCCUGCAGGCAAAGUGUUAUUACUUCUCCAGGAAAGCAAAUCUCGAGUCGCCCCUCAAUGUUGCAGACUACAAAUUGUGGCUGGGAGCCAGAGUUGGAUCAGGUACUUUGGGCAAUCAAGCAUCCAAUCUCGCAACCACGGGAAAUAUAUCACCGGUAACCGCCGCGCCAUCCCCGCCUCCAAAAUCAGACCAGCAACCGGCGCAGUCCUCACCGCAGGAGCCAACCUAUCCCACAUCAUUUUCUCAUAUAGUUGAGCUUAUCACGACUGGUCAGCCGAUUCCAGGUAUUCAACAGAUACCAGACACCCUAUUGACGGGUCAAGGUGCCGCAAGCGAAAAGCCAAAGAGACGAAAACCUUGGGAAAAGGAGGAAUUCGCCGAAGUAUCCUAG